CUCCGCUAAGUUGUUUUUCCUCAGUCAGAACUACGUGAGUGUCGAGGUUUGUCCUGUCUAAAACCUGAUAAUAAUGGGUGACGACUGGGCUAAGGCAGCCGAGGAGCAGGAGGCCAAGGACUUGGUCGAUAAAGUCUGUAACUUAAAGCUCCCCCAAACUGAAGAGGAUGGUGUAUCCCCAGAAAAACAGACAGCUCCAAAUGAAGUCUCCCCAGAGGAGAGUGUUACUGCUGCUGACCUGUCACUGAUGAGGAAGGCAAUGAGGAAAGGCAUUGUUGAGUGCAAGAACAAUGUGGAGGUCUACCGGAAGGACCCCAAGAAUCCCCUCUUUUGUGUCAAGACUUUUGAGGAACUCAACCUACGAAAAGAACUCCUGGAGGGGAUUUAUGAUAUGGGAUUUAAGCUUCCCUCAAAAAUUCAAGAAAUCUCUCUUCCUACACUUUUGGCUGAUCCGCCUGCCAAUAUGAUUGCCCAGUCACAGUCAGGGACUGGCAAGACAGCAGCAUUUACCCUUGCCAUGUUGAGUCGCAUCGACUCCUCCAAGAAGUGUUGCCAGGCUCUGUGUUUGUCACCAACCAUGGAGUUGGCAUUGCAGACCCUUGAUUGUGUGAAGCAGAUGGGAAAGAAAUGCACUGAUAUUACCAUUCGCUCUGCUGUGAAGGGAAACUCAGUUCCUCGUGGACAGAAAAUUAUGGAACAUAUAGUCAUUGGCACCCCUGGGAAGGUGGUAGACUGGGUUACUAAGUACAAAUGCCUGGAUCUGCGUUUAUGUAAAGUGUUUGUACUUGACGAAGCCGAUGUCAUGAUAGCCACUCAGGGCCAUCAGGACCAGUCUGUCCGUAUCCAUAAACAACUUCCUGAAAAGUGUCAGAUGAUGUUGUUCUCUGCCACUUAUGAUGACGAAGUGGUUAAUUUUGCUGAGGCCAUCAUUACUGACCCUGUCGUUCUCCGUCUACGAAGGGAAGAGGAAACUCUAACAAAUAUAAGACAGAUGUAUGUUGAAUGUCGGAGUCAGGAUGAGAAAUAUGAAGCCAUCUCUAACAUCUACUCCAUCCCAGUGGGUAGUGCCAUGUUUUUCUGCCACACUAAGCAGAAUGCUAAUUGGUUGGCAACACGACUGAAGGAAGAUGGGCAUCAAGUUGCUCUGCUCACCGGUGACUUAACACCAGAUGAACGAGUUCGAGUGUUGCUCCGCUUCCGUGAGGGAUCUGAAAGAGUACUGAUAUGUACUAAUGUUCUGGCACGAGGAAUUGACGUUGACACAGUGAACCUAGUGGUCAAUUAUGAUCUUCCCCAUGUGUAUGGAUCUGGCAAAGCAGACUGUGAAACAUACUUGCAUCGAAUCGGCCGCACUGGACGCUUUGGCAAGACUGGCAAUGCCAUCAACAUCGUUGAUGGACAGGAUGACCUUAGGUUAUUGAGGGAAAUUGAGCAGCACUUCAAUAUCAAAAUAGUCAAAUUGGACUAUAACAACAUUGAUGAAAUUGAGAAGCUUGGUGAAGACUAAAGCGAUGUGGGGGGAAUGCAUAAUUUAUUGAUAUAAUAUGAUUAAGUUACUCAUGACACUUACAAUUGAUCAUGAUGGAAAAACCAUAAGGACGCGUAAUAAACAAGAAAUCGGGCAUUAAAUAUCAUGUAAGUACAGUAUUCAGUGAAGGAAUGGCAGUGAACCAGGGCAUCAUACAGCACAGAGACGGCAGCCAUAACCACUAACACAGCGCUCUUAUACUUAAAAGAAUGUGUUUUAGAAUAUACAGUACAAUACUGUAUAACUGAAACUUAAAAUUUUAAUGAAAUAACAUACUUGUAAUAGUGAAUAUAUAUGUAAAGCUCAUGGAAUUAUCAGUAUAAAUAAUGACUGUUCUUAGGAUUUACACAAUGCAGUAAUUGAUAUAUACAAUGUGUGGCCUCAGUAAAGACAGGUAUACAGAUUGACAAAGACUUCUAUAAGAGAGAUUUAUUUACAGGUGUAUAAAGAAUGUUGAAGCACUAAGAAGUAUGUUUUCAUUUCUGGUGAACGAGCUUUAUUGUUAUGAACUCCAUUUGUGCACUUUCUUAUCAGGGAACUCUAUAGCCUCGUGUUGGUCCACGGAGACUCCUGUAAUGCACCCGUGGGUUACCAACCAAGCUAACCCCUCAUAUUGACAGUUGUUGCUCAUCAAACAAUUAGUACAGCUCUCUCAUUGCAUUCUUAGCUACUAGAAUGGGGACUUGGAGGCAGAAGUUACCAAUCAUGGUUGAGAGCUAAGCAUUUUUGAACUGCUGUAUCUUGUGUAAUGUAACCUUCUUGGCCAUCAUAGAUUUUCCACUCAGAAGCCUCAGACUAGCCUUCUCCCCAUUUGAAGUAGUCCUUGGAUGUAACUGCUUCAAAAAUAAAGUUAAGUUGUGUCCGUAUCCUCUGUAUACAGGUAAAUCUCUAUUUACGAUCUCCCAAUUUACGCUAAUUUACAUUAAUGAUGCUGAUAUAUUACGAUCACUCCCCUAUUUGCAAUGUAAACAAAGUCGCAUUAACAAUAUUCGUCAUCCUGCCAACUCACCGUAUGGAACGCAUCACUCACUUCAUUUGUCAGCUGAGGUGUCAUCUACCUGAACACCGUCUAGUGGCCUUCUGGUGAACUACAGUCCAGCCAUUGUUUCUUAUAGGUUACAUGUGUGUUAAGCUGCAGUCACACUAGAGUUUCUACCCAGAAUAAAUCCACUGUACCAUUGAUUUUUCAACGAACUCCUCAAGUUGUCUCUACAGCGACAACUUAUUUGUUGUCGAAAGUAGGACGAUAUGGAACGUCUGAUAAGCCACAGUACAGUGGAUUGAAAUUUCCUAUAGAGAGUCUAUUGUAUUACUAAAAUUUAUACCGUUCUUAUUUUUUCUUAUUAAUGUCAAAAUGUACAAAAAAUAUAAAAACUAUUUCAGUAACAAAACAAGAGCAAAAAUGUUGUCGUAAAUAAAAAAUAAGAAUAAUUCAGCACGACGGGAAUUUCAUUUGACUCUAGAGUACUUGCAUCACUUUUGUAAACAAACAUCGCUUGGACCCUUUAAACGCAUACCAAAUUUCCUUGAUGGAUACUGCUACCCACAAUCAUUUUUUUUUUU